AUGGGUUUCACCGACUUGGUUUCUGACGCUGGCCUCACUGUUGCCAACAACUGGUUCGCCACCAGGAGCUACGUUAUUGGCGAUGCUCCUUCUCAGGCCGAUGUCGUGACCUUCAAGGCAUUCUCCAGCGCCCCUGACGCUGAGAAGUACCCUCACGCCGCCCGUUGGUACAAGCACAUUGCUUCCUACGAGGCUGAGUUCGGCUCCCUCCCUGGUGAUGCCUCUAAGGCCUACACCACCUACGGCCCCGAAUCCACCGAGCUCCCCACGAAUCCUAAGGACAAGCCCGCCGAUGAUGAUGAUGACGACGUGGACCUCUUCGGCAGUGACAGCGAGGAGGAGGACCCUGAGGUCGCCAAGAAGCACGCAGAGAAUCUUGCUGCGUACAGGGCGAAGAAGGCGGCCAAGCCUCAGGCCGUUCACAAGUCCCUUGUCACUCUUGAAGUCAAGCCUUGGGAUGACGAGACCCCCCUUGACCAGUUGCUGGCGAACGUCAAGGCAAUUGAGAAGGAUGGCCUUGUCUGGGGUGCCCACAAGUGGGUUGAGGUUGGCUUCGGUAUCAAGAAGCUCCAGAUCAGUCUUGUCGUUGAGGACGACAAGAUCUCCCUUGACGAACUCCAAGAGGAGAUCCAGGAGGACGAGGACCAUGUCCAGUCCACCGAUAUUGCUGCUAUGUCGAAGCUGUAA